AUGUCUAAUUCGAAUAACCCUCUGCUCGAAGAUUUUUCAAGGCGUCCAAAUCCUAAAGGAUGGACACCACCAAAGGCACCCUAUAAUCCAUAUGAUCCGUCCGAUGCUCGUCCUGCUCAAGGAUACCCUUCGGAAUUUGACCUUCCAGGGCAACUGCCUCUGGGCUUUUCUUCUAUUCCAAAGCAACCAACUCAGUAUCAAAAGAUUAAUGAGACGAUGGAAAGAUUAAAUUACACUGCAAGACCAGCUUCCGAUUUAUAUCCUGGUCAAUAUAAAGUAUUGAGGAGAGUUGAUACAAAUAAGCGGCUAAAUGUUGGUUCGAGAUGGUUUGGAACACUAAUAGGUGGGUCGAUUCUUUUCUACUCGGUGUUCUUUUACAGGUGGAAUGACGGCAGAGAGAAUGUGUUUACAGAUUUCCGCCGAAGUCAGUUGUGGGUCAAGGAAAGAUUGGUUGGGUUGACGAAGGAGGAAUUUGACGAUUUGCAUUACCCAAAAGAUGGAUAUAAUACAAUCAAGAGUGUUAAGGAUACUCAGUAUAUACCUGAAAGUUUACGAAGAACUCGUGAGGGAGAAUACGUCUUGAACAAGCCAAGUGAGCGGCAUAUAUUGGAAGCUGAAAGAAUCCAGCAGGAGAGAGAAGAGCAAGAACUUCUUUCCCAGGCAUAG